AUGUCCCGGAGUGAUGAAAAGGCAGAGAAGGAAGCACAAAAGAUCGUCCAGAGAGCCAGAGAAUACAGGACGAAGCGAGUAAAAGAUGCAAAGUCAGAAGCACAGAAAGAAAUAGACGAGUACCGCCAGAAGAAGGAGGAAGAAUACAAGAAAUACGAGUCCGAGCAAGGGAGUGGUAACAAGAAGGCCGAGGAGGACGCCAACCAGGAAGCAGAGAAGCAGCUCGAAGGCAUCAAGAAGGCCGGAGAUGAGAAGGGCUCCAAAGUGGUCGAUGACCUGCUUAAGGUCGUAACCACGCCGCAUCCCGAAGUUCCAAGCAAGGUGUCAAAGGAGGACUAG